GCUUUGGCGCGCGCGGGGGGGACGCGGCGGCCGCGCUCGGGACCCCCAGAACCCCCAGAACCCCCCCGGGACCCCCAGAACCCCCCCGGGACACCGCGAGCCUCGCAGGGACACCCCCAACCGGGGACACCCCCAGAGCCCCACCCCCACCCCGGAUAUCCCCCCCGAGACCACCCCCCACCCUCAGGGACCCCCGGAGACACCGCGGGGACGCCGCGGGGACACCGCGGGGACACCCAGAACCUCCUCCCCCUUCACCGGGGACACCACUCGGAGCCCCACCCCCACCCCGGAUAUCCCUCUGUGGGACCACCCCCCACCUCCGGGACCACCCCCCACCCUUGGGGACACCCCCGGUGACACCCCCAGCCCCAGAGCCACCCCCUGUCCCCAUUCCCAGUGUCCCCUCGCUUCCCGCAGCACCGGAACCCCCUCGGUGUCCCCCCCCCGUGUCCCCCCCCCCCCCCCCCCCCCCCACGGUGUCCCCCCCCCCGGUGUCCCCUCCCCGGUGUCCCCCCGGUGUCCCCCGGUGUCCCCUCCCCAUGGAGAACUUCCAGAAGGUGGAGAAGAUCGGCGAGGGCACCUACGGCGUGGUGUACAAAGCCCGCAACAAGGUGACAGGAGAGGUGGUGGCGCUCAAAAAAAUCCGCCUGGACACGGAGACCGAGGGUGUCCCCAGCACGGCCAUCAGGGAGAUCUCGCUGCUCAAGGAGCUCAACCACCCCAACAUCGUCAAGCUCCUGGAUGUCAUCCACACCGAGAACAAGCUGUACCUGGUGUUCGAGUUCCUGCACCAGGACCUCAAGAAGUUCAUGGACUCCUCGUCCCUCAGCGGGAUCGCGCUGCCCCUCAUCAAGAGUUACCUGUUCCAGCUGCUGCAGGGGCUGGCUUUCUGCCACGCCCACCGGGUGCUGCACCGCGACCUCAAGCCGCAGAACCUGCUCAUCAACGCCGAGGGCUCCAUCAAACUGGCCGAUUUCGGGCUGGCCCGGGCGUUUGGGGUGCCUGUCCGGACCUACACGCAUGAGGUGGUGACACUGUGGUACCGCGCCCCCGAGAUCCUGCUGGGCUGCAAAUAUUACAGCACAGCCGUGGACAUCUGGAGCCUGGGCUGCAUCUUCGCCGAGAUGAUCACGCGCCGGGCGCUGUUCCCCGGUGACUCCGAGAUCGACCAGCUGUUCCGCAUUUUCCGCACUCUGGGCACUCCGGACGAGGCCGCCUGGCCGGGGGUCUCGGCCCUGCCCGACUACAAGGCCACGUUCCCCCGCUGGGCCCGCCAGGACCUGGCCAAGGUCCUGCCCCCGCUGGACGACGAGGGACGCAAGCUGCUGGCGCAAAUGCUGCACUACGACCCCAACAAGCGAAUUUCGGCCAAGGCCGCCCUGGGCCACCCCUUCUUCCGUGAUGUCACCAGAGCUGUCCCCCACCUGCGCCUCUGACCCCAAAACCCCCCAAAAUAACCCUAAAAUAACCCAAAAUCACCCCAAAAUUACCCAAAAUCUCCCAGGGGGUUAUCCCAAGGCCACCCCCACCCCGGAUUUGUGGCACUUACAGCUGUCCCCUCCCACCCUCCCCAAUGCCACCUCCUCGAUGUCCCUUUGUCCCUUCCCCCCCCACCUCGGUUUUUGGAGCCGAAUCUUUUUGUAAUUUCUGCAAAAAUU